AUGGGGCCAAUGAGGCGUGUGAGUACGGAAUUCAGGCGAGACAAGGCCAAGAGCAAUACGCUGAGGAGGGCAGGGACAUCUGGAAUUUUGGCAAAAAAACUUAGAUUAUCAACCGAUCUUAAUGAUGCAGUUAUGGAGGAGCAAUUUAGAGGCUUGGGGAGCUCUGCGAAGAAACGAGAUGUCCGGCAUGUUAUUGGACAGCAGCGAGUCGACCUAUGCUUUAUCCAGGAAACAAAAAUGGAAUCCAUGGAGGGAGAAAUGUGCAAUGGCUGGUGGGGCAGGAACAAUUACGGUUUGGCAAGAAGGGAUGCGGAAGGCAGGUCUGGGGGAAUUUUAUGUGCAUGGAACAAGGACCAUUUUACAGCAACGAGUUCGUGGGAUAUGCAGGGAGCGGUGAUCAUCAAUGGGGUCGGAAAAGCAGGUAACUUAAGCUACUGCCUUAUUAAUGUGUAUGCGUCUAAUGUUGCUCGUGAAAAGGCUGAAUCGUGGGAUAAGCUUCAGAUCUUAGCUGAGCAAAACAGAGAUAGGUGUUUAUGUAUUAUGGGAGACUUUAAUGCAAUCAGGGAGCGAGGCGAAAGGGUUGGAAAGAGCGAAAACUUUGAUACUGCAGAUAUGAGGAGGUUUGACGCCUUCAUUAGAGAUAGCGAGCUGACAGAAGUUAGAACACAGGGGAGGAAGUUCACAUGGUAUCAAGCGAACGGCAGAUGCAAGAGCAAAUUGGAUAGAUUUUUGGUGAAUAAUUGUUGGCUUGAUUCUUGGCCGUCAACUGUUGAGAGGUGUUUACAGAGAUCCGUGUCGGACCACUGCCCGAUUUUACUAUCUACGAAGAUAGUGGAUUGGGGGCCAAAGCCGUUCCGGUUCAUAAAUGCAUGGACUACACACCCGGAGUUCAAUCAACUGAUUCAAAAGGAAAAGCUGAAGGCGUUGAAGGUGGCUCUGAAAGAGUGGAACAAGUCAACUUUUGGGCUCAUCGAUAAUGAGAUCAAGAGGGGCAAGGAGGAAUUACAACAAUGGGAUGCGAUUGAUGAUGUUUUCGGCCUUGAGCAGGAGGUUAUUAAGAGGAACGAGGUGAGAGCCAAGAUCAUUCUUCAUACAAGGAACAAAAAUUGGCUUCUUGGGCAGAAAGCUAAGAGCCGAUGGUUGAAUGAAGGAUAUAUCAAUUCUCACUUUUUUCACAAGGUGAUUGCUGGGCAGAUGAGGAAAAAUAAGAUUGCCGGUAUGUGGUUUGAAGAACAGUGGAUUGACGAACCAGGUGCUCUUAAUGCCAAGGUAUCGGAGUUCUUUGGGAACUUCUUCCGAAGAAAAGAUAGAAUCCUACCGAUUAUUCCUCCUGAUUUCGCGGCUCGAAGACUCUCUACUGAAGACAAGCUUUGGCUUGUUAGACCGUUCACAGAAGAUGAAUUAAAAGAUGCAGUGUAG